AUGAGCCGGCACUCUCUUCGCGCCGGCUCGGGAUUGGGCAAACCGCGCCAGCCUCUCUGCGGAGUAGUGGGCGGGGCGCGCCGGGGACCGACUAGGAUAGGCGCGCCCGCUGCGCCAGAGUCCCGGGGGCGCGUGCGCGGUCUCGCGGCGGCCGCAGGGGCCGGUCUCGCGCGGUCUAGAGGUGGAGUUGCUGGCGGCGGCGGCGACGGCGGCGACGGAGGCCGCCGGAGGGCUGUCGCUUCUGCAGUGUUUAGGAGCGGCCGGGGCCGGAGGAUCGGCGGCGCAAGAGGCGCGGAGAGACGGGGUCACACUAUGUUGCCCAGGCUGGACUUGAACUCCUAGGCUGAAGCCUCCUGAGUGGCUGGAACUACAGACACCUGACACUGUUCCCAACUCAGUAAAUGUAUUAAAGUAUGAAGUGAAAUAUAAAUUAAAAUGUGAGACA